ACAAAAAAAAUAAAAAUAAAAAUUAUUUAUUUUAUUUACGAAUUUCGAAAAUUUCAAAGUCCUAAGAGAAUGUGAGGCCACGUAGGAGAGAAUGAAUAUUCAUAAAAUAUAAAUAAUUAAAUAAAUAAAUACAAAAUUAAUUAAAAUGAAUGAAUUAAUUAAUUAAUUAUAAAAUUCUCGUAACAGUUAAAAAGGUAUUCCCUAGUGUCGAUGGCGCUUAAUUCUCGGCAAUGUCGCUCUCCGACGCCCGAGAUUGAACCUCAAAGACUAACCCAAAGCUCUCAUUUCAUCUCUAUCAUCAUCUUCUUCAAUCUCAAUCUCUUCUCUCACAUCAAUUUGGGAGCCGUUUUUAUCAGCAAUGACAGCUCUGAAGCUCCGUAAUAGAGCGGGAACACACCCAAUUACGCCACGAUAACAAUCAGGCGACUAUUUAUUGAAGAAGAUAAGGGACUUGGGUUUUUUGGUUAUUUGAUGGUUUUUACUCUCGGCUGAUUAUCUGUUGCGAAUGAUCCAAGAAUUUUAUCAACUGUGGGGUUUGUAGAGGAGAAACCUGAGCUUAUAGAAAGUGAUAGAUUUUUUUCUUAUGAAGUUUUGAUUUUGCAUGAGACUGAAAGAGGAAAGAUCACAUGGGGUGUUUUGAUUGAAGAAAUGAAGAAAUAAAUUUAUGUGAGGAUUUUGGGUACAGAUCCACUUUUAUGCAUGUUCUUGAUUUGUGGGCUGAAGGGUGAAGGGGCCACUUAACAGCUCAGUAGAUAAGAAGUGUUUUUUUUAAUGGCUCUAAAUAAGUCUGACAAGUUGUUUGAUCCCAUGAUCAAUGAGUUUCAUGGCCCAUCAGGUCGUUGGAUCGAGCAAGAAUCAAACCCAGUUUCAACUUUGGGAAAGAAUAUGAAUAACAACGUGUCAGUGCAGACUGGGGAGGAGUUUUCCAAGGUGUUUCUUCAGGAUCGUCUUCCAGCUAGAAGGGUUGCAUCUGUCACUGAUACUGUUCAGGAGCGUGAAAAAAGGGUUGGGUUUAUUGGUUAUGAGAACUCUUUGCCGGGUUAUGAGGAUCUUUCUCGUGUCCUUGGAUUGACGAGAAUGGAUUCUGAGAAUGCUUCUGAAACACCUGACUUUGUGUCUGCAAAAGGGUCUUUGAGAGAGAUUGAUGUUGAAGCUUAUGCUGAUAGAUUGAACAGAAACAAUAAGAAGGAGAAUGGUGAGACUGGUCAUGGUGGUUUAAGGAAGGUUGUUAGUGAUCAGAAUUGUGAUAGGACUGGCGGUGUCACUGUUAUACCAAGUUACAAAUCUGAGUCUCCUAGUUCAAAUAAUUUCAAUGGAUCAGAAGUAUUAGAUGGCUCUCAGUCAGGGAAGAUAAAGUUUCUCUGCAGUUUUGGUGGGAAAAUCUUGCCGAGACCCAGUGAUGGUAGACUCAGAUAUGUUGGUGGAGAGACACGUAUUGUAUCUAUCAGUAAAAAUAUUUUAUGGGAUGAGCUUGUGAAGAGAACUUCUAGCAUCUGCAACCAACCUCACGGCAUAAAGUACCAGCUUCCAGGUGAGGAUCUUGAUGCUCUUAUUUCUGUAUCUUCUGAUGAGGAUCUUCAAAAUAUGAUAGAGGAGUACCAUGGGAUUGAAAAGCAAGAUGGUUCUCAAAGGCUUCGAAUCUUUUUGAUUCCAUUGGGUGAAUCUGAAGGCACAUCUUCUCUGGAUGCAAGCACCAUAAAGGACAAUAAUCCUGACUACCAAUACGUUGCGGCUGUUAAUGGCAUGGUAGAUCCUGUUUCUUUGAAAAGUGUUGGAGGGCAGAGUUUGGCAAGUGAAGCAAAUCAGCUGGGAGUUAAGAAUUCCCCAUUUACAUUGGAAACUAACAUUGAUUCCACUGCCUUGCAUGAUAGCAAGUAUUCAGAAUCCCAGAAGAUAAAUGUAUCUCCAACACAUUCUCCUCCAUUCUCUCCCAUUCAAUGUCAUCAAGACUCCAAAAGUGCUAAGAUACAAGCACAAAGUAAUACUGCUUGUGUAAAUCCUUCACCAGAGGGUGUGAAUUUGAUGAUGUAUGAUCAGCCUACUGUCUCACACUCAGAACAACUGCAUGGUGGACAUUUUCAAGACCACGAUUUCAUGAAUGGUUUUACUAGUCCAAUAGCUGUUGAUCGAACUGAUGGUGAUUUUGUUGGAUUCUCUCAUGACAGGCCAAUCUCUAAGGAAAGGGUAUUUCAUUCUGAAAAACCGGGCUCACGCCUCAAUGAUCCUACCGGUCUAUUAUCAGACUGUUCUGAUCCUCAUCUGGGAAUGUCACAUGCAUUUUCUGAUUCACAAUUGCAAGAGAGUGGAAGGAGGUCUGCAUACUGCUCGCAAGAAGGAACGAGUCCAUCAUCCCCCUUGUCUUUUGCAAAGGCUCAGUUGUCUUUGCAACUAAAUUCAGAACUAAUGGCUUGUAAUGAAGCUAAUCCUAAGUGUGGUACUGGUGAUAUUGACGGUAAUCUCCUUACGGUUAAAGAUGAGAUUGGCAGCUCUAAUUUUUCCAUGCCGAACCAGUGUGAGAAAGAUUCCCUGAAUCCAAUAACAUUGAAAACGAUUGAUGCAAAGAAUCCAUUCGAGGAUCAAUAUGGACAGCUUUAUGGUGGGAGUCCAGCUGUUCUUGCAGUAGACUGUAAGAAUGAAUUGGACAGUACAAACCCAGUCCAAGACCCACUUUUUACUAUUGGCUCUCAAGAGAGAACUCCAUCAUCUUCAUCCGUUGGCUUGAUACCUUUGGUUGACGAUUUGGUGGUGCCUCCCAAAAACAAUCAUCAUUGUGACCAAAACAUCGCUGAACUCUUCAGCAUGAGUCAGACAUCUUCUAAUGAUCAUAAAAAUGUUUUGAUUGGGACAGCAGAUGUUCAAGGAAAUAAUGUUUUUGGAACAAAUAAUUAUGAUGCUUCAAGAUUAUUUCCAGGUGCCAAGCAACACUAUCCUAAGGAGGAUCCUUUGGGUGAUCUUUUGGCUGGCUUUUCAGUUGAUCCGGUACUACGUGAGCCUGCACAACCUGCUCCUAGUGAUAUGAGUUCUGAACCCAGGUUGAUAAGUCCUGUAGAUAUAUACCAAUUGCCACCAGUUCAUGGUGACCCUAUUAUAAGCUCUAAUUUGCAAAAGAGUAACCAGAUAACGUUGCAGAAUCCUACCCAGGGCACUGCAGUUAACCAAGAGGUUUCUCUCCUGGAUGUCGAUUUUAUAAGCUAUCCCAAUGAGAACUUUGAAAAGAUUAAUUUCUACCCGGGCCAAAAUUUUGAAAAGAUUAAUUUUGGAGAUUCUACUGAUGUGGAAUCUAAUUCUGAAGGCAUCAAAUUGACACAAACAGAACCAACAGGAAAUGAUAACAAUCAGGCGUCGUCAAUGGCUCAAUAUCUUAUGGGUGAAACCGUUGUUGACGAUUCUCCUACUGCAACAGAGGUGGAUAGCAUUGUUCCAGAGUCUGAAUCUGAGGAUGGUAAAGCUGAUGAAGACAGAAAUGAUUUAUUUAGUGAUGCAAUGAUUGCUGAAAUGGAAGCAAGCAUAUAUGGAUUGCAGAUUAUAAGAAAUUCUGAUCUUGAAGAACUGCGAGAGUUAGGAUCUGGUACAUAUGGUACUGUUUUUCAUGGAAAAUGGCGGGGAACUGAUGUUGCGAUAAAGAGAAUUAAAAAGAGCUGCUUUGCUGGAAGAUCGUCCGAGCAAGAACGCCUGACAAAAGACUUCUGGAGAGAGGCGCAAAUCCUCUCAAACCUUCACCAUCCAAAUGUGCUUGCGUUUUAUGGGGUAGUACCAGAUGGAGCUGGUGGAACACUGGCAACGGUAACAGAAUUUAUGGUGAAUGGGUCACUUAGGCAUGUCCUUCUAAAGAAGGAUAGGUCACUCGAUCGACGUAGAAAGCUCAUUAUUGCCAUGGAUGCAGCUUUCGGCAUGGAGUACUUGCAUUCAAAGAAUAUUGUCCAUUUUGAUUUAAAAUGUGAUAACCUGUUAGUCAACCUCAGGGACCCCCAUCGACCCAUAUGCAAGGUUGGAGAUUUUGGAUUGUCAAGAAUCAAACGCAAUACUCUAGUAUCUGGUGGUGUGCGAGGAACCCUUCCAUGGAUGGCACCAGAACUAUUGAACGGUAGCAGUAGCCGGGUUUCUGAGAAGGUUGAUGUUUUCUCCUUUGGCAUUUCUAUGUGGGAGAUAUUGACCGGGGAAGAACCAUAUGCCAAUAUGCACUGUGGUGCAAUCAUUGGGGGCAUUGUGAAGAACACUCUUCGGCCACCAAUUCCAGAGCGUUGUGAUCCCGACUGGAGGAGGCUGAUGGAAGAAUGCUGGUCACCAGAGCCUGAAUACCGGCCAUCAUUUACCGAGAUAACUAACAGGCUGCGGUCCAUGUCAAUAGCGCUGCAGGCAAAGGCGCAAAGCAAUCCGGCAAAAGUGCCUAUCAGCCCUCGACCUCGUGAAUAAAACAGUAAAUAUAUAUAUAAAAAAAAGCACAGAACUUUGAUUCUUCAAAUAGUGAGUCUGGUCAGGUACACACUCCCACCAUUGAAGCUAGCCAACCCAUUGAUUCGGGUUGCGGAUCAAAAAUUUGUAGGUGACCAUUCUUGCAGUUUGAUAUCAGAUAUUGUUUUUCUUCUUCUUUCUCUUGUUGAUAAAAGAAGAUAUAUAUGUUCAUUUUUUUAUUCUUUGUUCACACAAAAAAACAUCAGAGCAGAAAAGAGUAGUAGCAGCAGCAACAGGUAAAUGCCAAGAGACUUUCUCUUCAAUUUUCUUAGUUUAGUUUCUGAGUUUUUUUUUUUUUUUUUGCUGGAAGAAUCCGUACACGUCCAUAUGUACAUAUAUAUACACUGAAAAGCAUAAGAUUAUUGUUACUAUUAUAUAUUCUCUGCUUUGAAGAA